AUGCCUGUCAAGCCCAUCACUGGUAUGCUCCGCAGAGGUCUCGUCCUCGACCUUUCCGUCGCCUUUGGUCUCGGUACCUCGGCCGGUUACCUCUGGUGGUACGGUACUCACAAACCACACAUCCCCGACACGAACACGAUCGACUACCAACCCACUCCAACCUAUCCCUACACAACCACAGCGCCUUCAGCACCUCUCAGCAAAAGAAAGAGAAAGAAUACCCAAACUGACGGACCAUCUCUCUCAGGCUUCCACGUCCCCGCCGUCCGCCGUCGCGAUCUGUUCUACGCCAAGCUCGAAGACGAGCGUGCCGCCGCCCUUGGCCAGCUCUAA